AUGUCCGUUACGCGCUGGAUACAUUGCAACGUUUGCUUUCAUCUUUUAGCGCGAAAAGAACGAAAGUUUUAUCAUCUUUCUUGCCGUCAUGUGCUUUGUAAGCAAUGUAUGGCUAAAACGGAUAGAGGCACAACAUGCCCCGUAUGCCAACAGCCAUUGGAAAGCUACACGGAGCUCAGUAAUCAGAUGGAUAGCAAAGAAAUGAUGUACUAUGAUCCCGGCUGUUUAAAGGCGCUUAAUGUGGCCUAUCGAAGCGUCGUCUUUCAACACAAACAACGAGAGAAUAUGAUACGAGGAAUCUUGCGUUGUCGUAUCGCAACUGCACAGAUGAAGGAAAUGGAAGACGUAAUGCGCCAGAAGAUAGUGGAAACGCAGCGACGGUACGAAAAGUUUCGCACCUAUCGUCGAAAUCUGCAGGAAACGAUGCGUCAAAUGUCUCCUCGCUACCCAAGUGGUCCGACGGUCGGCCCCAGCAAACGGCCAGCUCUACAGCCGGUAACCACAUCAAACCACCCGUCAUCAGCACUGUCCAAUCGUCGCGAUGACGAUCUGACCAGUCGCAGAUACGAACAGCGAAGGCCAACAACAUCCACGAUACCACCAAGCUUUGCCGAAAGCUUUAAUAAGUCUCCAGCUAGGCUCACAAAUCGGCCACCAUCCAAUAUGGCUAGUAGCUUUACACGACAGCAUGUAACGAUGAUGAAACCACAACGAAGCAAUACCGGACAGCAUGUCAUGGGAGAAGGAGCAAAAAUUGGCUUUACCGGAAUGAAUGCAUUUGCGAAUGAUUCAGGCAUUUCAGGCAUGCAAACGCCUUCGUCUAGCUUAAGCUUUGGUGACAGUUCUAAGAUAGCCGGGCAUCGGCAGCUACAACACCAAAAGUAUCUUACACCAUCAACACCAGCAAGAUAUCAUCACCAGCCCUAUCUGCACAGUCAAAUAUUGUCUUCCAAAAAUCCACGGCAUUGA